CAGGGCUCCUACCCGAACUCCAGGUGGCCUCCGGGGAGCUGAUCAAGGUCCACGGUGGGUCCCGGCGCGGUGGAUUAGACCAUGGAGAGAACCUCCUCCUUCGAUUGACCCCGUCCAGUUGAAUGACAACUGAAUACGUGCACCGCAACAAUGUCCUUUGACCGCAUUGUGGGAAAUGUGAACCAUGGGUUUGCAUUGACUGUGCCAACUGCGGACGACAUGAAUUUCGUCGAUGAGGAUUAGUGGGACAUUGGUGUCAUGACUGUUUAGAAGGACAAUACCAAAUGGUUCGCAAUGCUUCUCACAUCACGGUAGCAACAGGUCAUGAGCCUGAGGCCAACUCUGACAGACUGCUCCAACAGACUCAUUUAUGGUAUACGCGGAUCUGGCAGCAAUAUGAUCACAUUAGGCCGCUUAUUGUUGAAUGUAGUAGACUGAUUUGGAUCCCUCGCAUUUGGUUUGUUGCACCGAGUGAACGGGAGCAAACUAAAUCAAAGUGCGCUGGUUUGUUUAAAUAUAAUAGGGAUAGAUAAAAGGAAAAGGGUAAGUGGAGGAACAGAUAAAUAUGGAGCGGUGGUUGUUAUUUAUGGGCUUGUUAGCGUUACCUGGUGGAAGCCUUACUGCUUUUUCCGGUAAUUCGUUUAUCACCUUACUUCAAAAGGCUGUAAAUAUCACCGGGUUGAAGGAAUGUUGGGUUUGUGAUAUGGCUGAUCAAUAUUGGAACCCCCUAAUUGGUAUUCCGAUAACGAAUUGGAGUGCAUACAAUCCCUAUGAACUACUCAAUGCUAGUGGUCAAUGUAGAAAUUUAUCUAGCCCCUUACAGGAUCAUCCCUACUCAUUACAGCUACUCAAUAAGUCUGUUGUUUUUAUCAAUUAUACUUAUGAUAACGAGGCAGUAACCUGGAAUGAAAUGUCCUCACCCUAUUAUGGGAUUUUUAAUACCUCGAAGGGAAAUUGGACGAGAGUGCAGUUGAAAUAUGGUCCAUUUAACGCACUUAGACAAGGACCACAAAACAACACGUCGGGUAUAGAUCUCCAACAGUGGACCGACUUUCUCUAUGCUCUCACUGGGCAGAAUAAAAGCCUCGCGAUCACAGUCACCUGUGACUUACAACCAGGCCUGUGGUGGCUGUGUGGUGAUUCGAUAGCCAGAAAGCAGUUGCCUGGCAACUGGACUGGGCACUGUAUGCUUGGAAUGUUAAUACCAAACCUCCAAGUGUUUAAUCAUUCUGACAUGCAUGGUAUCGUGCAUGGUGUUUGGACGCGGUCACGAUAUCGGAGAAGCCGAGAGAAUCCCUUGACCAUUUACAAUACCGGUUUUCACAGCUUUGUUAGGGCAAUCUUUCCUACAUUGGGUAUUCAACAGUUAGAGCAAGCCCUGGUAAAUAUUUCCGCAGAAAUGGAGCUCAUUGCCAAUGCUACAGCCGCAGCCAUCACUGCGUUGCAGAUGGAAGUUCAAUCCUUGAAAGAGGUUGUAUGGCAGAAUCGCCGAGCUCUUGACCUCCUCACCGCGCAGGCGGGAGGAGUCUGUACCCUUAUAAACGAGUCUUGUUGUGCUUAUGUAGAUCAGUCAGGGGUAAUUUUAUCCAAUGUACAACAAAUAUGGGAUCACGCAAAAAUCUUACAUGCUGUCACCCAGGACAACGCUUCAUGGUUGGAAUCAUUGUUUAAAUCGUGGGGCAUUACAGGAUGGUUAGCAUCAUUGGUUAAAACUGGGCUGUUGAUAUUGCUUGUCAUCUUUUUAGCAUUGCUUAUGCUGCCUUGUUUAUUCCAACGUUUACAAAAGGCAUUAGAAGGAAUGGUGCGAAGAGUAUGGUUCAACCAAGUGCCAAUUCCGUCCGAUGAGACUUGGAGUGUUCAAAAACAAGAAGGGGGAAUUGUGGGAGAUUUUCUGGUAAGGAAUGGACAUCCUGUGAACACUCCAAGCACUGAAGAUCUGUACUUAACUUGUAUGUAGGCCUCUGUACUCAAAGGUUAUGAGCGGACAACGAUAUGGGCUGAAAGGUUACAUUCGGGCAGCAUGAAUGCUGUGUAAUCUAAAAGCAGAACAAGAAAAGGGAAGAAAGCAUGAUAAAGACAGAACUUCAACCAGGGUGUAGGCAGAAGCCAUGUUCGCGUGGACAGCUAGCUUUAACCAAUGGUAGAACGCUUAGAGUCGCGUGUUUGCUUGCUGAAAACCAAUCAUAAGGCCGACGGCGCGUGUAAUGCGAUAACAGAAUGUAUAUUAACUGAGCUAUCUGAGCAAUAAGGUGGCAUCAACCUGAUCAUAUUGAUCGUCAUGUUGUGUCCGUGACUUCUGCGCCGACAUUCAUACAGUCAUUAUGCUUGUCAGAAAGGUAGCAGGGUACCAUUUCUUACAAAUAUGUUACUGUAUAAUUAUGUAGAAUAUAAAAACUUUCAUAUAUCUUAGAAACAACUAAUACUCAUUAGUAGGCUAAGAUUUUCCCUUUCUCUCUACCAGCCUAUUGAUCACAGCAAGGACACAAAGUAUUACUGCUUUACAGGACUUGAAAAUAGCUUUUUUGGUAAAGUUUUGAAAUCUGCUUUUAUACAUAUGUUUGUAUUUAAUUGUUUCCAUUUCUUCAUCUUAUGUUUGUGGUCAUUAACGUAAAGAAUACUGUGUGAAAAUAAAACAUAUUUUU